AUGGACUACGACGCCUAUGACGCCCUCUUGCAUCAUAUAUUCAAGCAGACGCAAGGGGAUGCUUGGUUCAAGCCGUCGGAGGAAAACGUCCACGCGGGUGUUUGCCUCCGGGUCGACAAUGGCUUCUUCCGCGUCUUCCCGUACGAGAACGAGCAUCUCGAACCCUUCGAGGCAGCCAUCAGGGUCCUCAAUCCAGUCGUCGCCGUGAAGGUCAGGAGUGCCGCUAUCCACGCUGCGCUCUCCGCCUUGAAGGAAGAUGCGGACUGCAUCUUCGUUGACAACGACACACGUAUCCAAAUCGUGGAGACAAUGGCAUACCUUCCUCGGGCGGAUAAAGAGCAGUGUGCCGCCUUCAUCCGUGACGAGCGCGUCAUGGUCGUUUGGACGUAUGACUUGGACAGCAUCAUCCCCACGUGCCGCGACUUCGAAGAGAAGCUCAUCAAGCUCGUUUGGAACCGCCGGUCCGCCAUUACUUCCGUUGUGGGCUCUCUAGCUGCGUCGGAGCUUGGCUCAGGUUCCGACGUGAACCUCAACGAGAAACGCGCGAACAAGGAGGAGGUCGUGCCUGCACCCAAGGAGAAGGGCGCGGCCCCGAAGAAGCGCACAUGCGGCAUCUUCGGAGGAUACUGGAAGGCUGACGCCAGCGACCUCGAGAACGCCGCCGAGGGGCCUUCGCCGCGACCGACGCGACUCUUCGCCCCUGUCUACUGCGGCCUGGGCGCCGGGUUGUCCCUUUUCUUCGUGGGUAGUGGCGCGAGCGUGUUGCUCGAAGAGUCGAUUUUGGACGGCCAAUGGGCCCGCUUUGCGCUCCUCGUGACCGUGCCGUUCCUGUUUUGCGUGUCGCUGUUUUUCUCGCUCAUGAUCGUCACGAACAUCACCUAUGUCCUCGGGCCCGUCGCGCAGUUCCAUGAGAACUCCAAGUACUAUUCCGCCAAAGCCCCCGCGCCUAACAAGAUCGUCGAUGAGAACCUUCCUCACAUGACCAUCGAGAUGCCGGUCUACAAGGAAAGCCUCUCGGAAACCAUCGCGCCCUCGGUGUACUCGCUCAAGAAGGCGAUGCAAACCUACGCCCGCCAGGGCGGCACCUCCUCCAUCCUCGUGCACGACGACGGGCUCCAGCUGCUCUCUGAGGACGACCGCAAGGCGCGCAUCGCCUUCUACGCGGACCACAACAUCGGCUGGGUCGCGCGCCCGCCGCACUCCGGCGCGGCCGACGGCUACAAGCGCGCCGGCCGCUUCAAGAAGGCGUCGAACAUGAACUACGGCCUCGCGCUCUCGCUCAAGAUGGAGGCGCACAUCGCCGCGCUCGAGGCGUCCGGCGCCGCAUUCGCGGAGGACGGCGAGGAGUCGCUCGAGGAGCGCGCGCUCGCGCUCGCGGUCGAGGAGACGUUCGAGGAGAGCGGGCAGCGCUGGCGGCCGUGGGCGUGCAACGCGCGGCCGCUCCGCGUGGGCGAGAUCAUCCUCAUCGUCGACUCGGACACGAUCGUCCCCGAGGAUUGCCUGCGCGACGCCGCGCGCGAGUUCGCGGAGUGCCCCGAGGUGGCGAUCAUCCAGCACGAGUCGGACGUGAUGCAGGUCGCGCACCACUACUUCGAGAACGGGAUCACGCACUUCACGCGGCGCAUCAACCGGUGCAUCUCGAUGUGCUGCGCGAACGGGGAGGUCGCGCCGUUCGUCGGGCACAACGCGUUCCUCCGGUGGGCGGCGCUGCAGGACGCGGCGUUCAUCGACGAGGCGGACGGGAAGAAGAAGAUCUGGUCCGAGUCGAACGUGUCGGAGGACUUCGAUAUGGCGCUGAGGCUCAUGCUGCGCGGCUUCGUCAUGCGCUGGGCGACGUACUCCAAUCGCGGCUUCAAGGAGGGCGUGUCUCUGACGUGCGACGACGAGCUUAACCGCUGGCAGAAGUACUCGUAUGGAUGCAACGAGUUGAUCUUCAACCCCAUCGUCCAGUGGUGGUACAAGGGCCCGAUUACUAAGCAGCUUCGCACGUUCAUGUGGUCGAACGCACCGGCGCAUUACAAGAUUGGAAUGAUGUCCUAUAUGUUCUCAUACUACGCGCUGUCGGGCGCCUUCGUCCUGUCGCUCAUGAACUACUUCCUGCUUGGAUGGAACCUUCCGGUUGACGGUUACUAUGAGCACAGUUUCGAGAUCUGGCUCGCCUGCACGGUCGUCUUCCCUGGUGCAGGGAACCUCGGCUUCACCAUGCUCGAAUACCGUCUCGGCAGCCGCCCCAUUCUCGAUGCCGUCAUAGAGAACCUGACCUGGAUCCCGUUCUUCUUCUUCUUCUUCGGCGGGCUCAGCAUCCAUCUCUCGCAGGCGCUCCUCGCUCACCUGUUCUCCUACAACAUCACGUGGGGCGCGACCAAGAAGGAGGUCGAGCGCUCGAACUUCUGGCAGGAGGUCCCGAAGAUCGUCACGCGCUUCCGCGUCUCCCUCAUCAUCUGCAUCGUCACCGCGGCCGCCAUGAUUAUCCUCACGACGGACCUCAUCCCCAUCGGCUGGCGCAUCUUCGGCUGGGACUGGGCGGUCAUCGUGCCCCUCGCCAUCGUCGUUGGCUGCCACGUCCUCUACCCCGUGCUCUUAAACCCGUGGCUCAUGAUCUUCUCAUACUGA